UCCUUUCAUCAUCCAACCAAGAAGUGAACAUAUUUCGUACUGCCAGAUUACUCCCGGAAAGCACAUGAUUGAAAAGUUUAAGCUCCCAUACUAUCACGUAGUUUUAUUUUCUGGACAAAUAUAUUAAUGAUUGUUAUUUGUGCUUUCGAAGAGAUUGCUGGAGAAACAAUUCAAGAUUAAAAAAUGUCUAAAAGAAAUGCCAAUAGAAAAACGAUUGAGAAGAAUUCAGACAAAUCACUUCUAGAUAAUCACUAUGUUGAAGAAUUAAAAGAGAAAACAUGCCUUCAACAUAUACAGUUAGAAGCGAAUGUUUGCGUUUGUCAGUGGCAGAAAUUUAGGUUGUCCAAUAUAGUAGAGGAAAAUGUUGAUUUCUUUAAGAAAUUUACUGAGCGAGUUAAUGAAUUAGUUAAAAAAAUUCACCAUGCGGUAAAUAUCUUUAUUGGCGAGUGUACUAAAUUUAAAAAUGAGGAAAGAACAUUUGUUGAAAUAUCAACAAAAUGUAUCAAUUCCCUGGAUAAAGUCAUGUCUCUAUUCAUCCAAGGGAUACAAGAGUUUGAUAUCAUGUUACAAAAUAUGGGUAAAAACUCAGAAAUCUUGAAUUAUUGCGACUCGCUGAAUUGUAAAGAUAUAAUAGAAAAGCACACUUUAAUGUAUUCAAAUGAAAAACUAACAGGAGAUAUAAAAGCCUUGAAUAAUGACCUUACGCAGCUAAUAAACCAAUUUCUUAUUAUUCUGUUACCAACAACUGAAACUGUCAAGGCAGAAAAGCGUCUUGCUACAAAGGCUCACUUUAUUUUACGCUUAAUGUGCAGUGAGGCUAUGAACGUGACAAGUUCCACAGGAAUUAAGCAAACAAACAUAAUGCAAGAGACGCAACAGGCGAACAAAAAAGAAAAGCAAUUUAUUAAAUCUUCCUUCGAAUUUCACAAUAAAAAUCCAAAUAAAAUUAUUGAUUCUAAUAAAAUGGUUAAUUUUGAAUUUAAUUCGGGAUUAAAGAAUAACUCUGAAACUAAGGAUAGACCGAAAUCAGAUAGAGAUAAUGCAGUCGCAGCCUUCAGAUAUUACUUACAUAUUGACUUGAAAAAAUUCACAUGGAAUAAUCGGGAAUUUAAUUUGCAUAUCGAUACGAGAGCGUUUGUAAUUAUUUCACAAACAUCCCAAACUAUACAAGCAAAAGCGAAUAUGAGCUGGCUUAGACUUUUUGGAAAUGCUGUUGAGAAACCUUGGAGUGAAUUCAAGAAAAUUUUGAUAGAACAUUACUAUGCAAAUACCGGACGACAUUUAACAACCGAACAAGUCAACUAUUUGAGACACAGAUUCCUGUUGAAUGAUGACAGCAGUGCCAUCUCUCUUCAGGAUCUUUUAACGAAAAAAUAUCCGGAGAGACAUAGCCCCCGAACAAAUGAAGAUAGACUUCAUAAAAAGAGUUUUACUCCUUGGCAUUGGUUUGUCACAUGCACCAAUUCACUAACUUCACAGAAAGUAAAUAAAUAUUGGCAGACAAGAUUGGUUUAUGGCUUUAUAAGUAAGGGCUACGCUGAAAGAAUUCUUGCAGAUUAUGACAAUGGAACUUUCCUCGUCCGUUUUGCCGAGAGUAGAAUAGAAGCUACUCAAGGAGCAUCACCCCAAGCAAAUUUUACACUAGCAGUGAAACAAGACAACCAAAUUUACCAUCUACAGGAUUUUUUAACUUACAAGGAAUUGGAACAGAGAAACUUGGAUUUAUACGAGACACUAAAUGAAAUGAAAAUUUACGGAACUGGAAGGAAACUAGUUAGCAACGGCAAAGUUAUACUUAGUCCUAUUGAAUAUCAAAAAUUGGAAACUCAAUCUUUCCAGCAGGCACUAGCAAAUAAUAUCGAGGAAUCACCUGGAGAAGAUGAAUAUAAUGCUGAGAGGGUAAACUACCAAGUUGUUCUCAGAUCAAAUAACAAGAGGAGUCAAUAUACAUUCAUUCCGGAAUUCAAUGGAAAUUCAGAUGAAUUUGAACCACCUACGCCAGCUGUGCAAGAACCCCCUACACCAAUCUUUCAAGAAGAUAUUCUUUCUCCAAACUCCCAGAAUAGUUGCCAUACGAUCGAUUAUGACUUUUUGCAACUACAGACACAUAGUUCGGAAGUGCUGGAAACUGACAAAAAUUUCCAGGCACAAGUUGAUACUUUUCUAAACAACCUAUCAGCCUCCUCAACAGAUAAUGAUUUUCCUAUGCUGUCAGAAGAUUUGAAUAUAACGGUGCAAGAUUGGUCCUCUCCAAUGGAAACCUAA